GCUGUAGGCAGAGGUGGCCCAGUACUGAGAGCAGGGGAAAGGUGCUGGGCCCGGGGCCCAUGCAAGCUGGGCCAGGCAGGCAGGCACGUGACCCUCUAGGGCCCUCCCCCAGCAGGCUGGCUGCCUGCCUCUGCAGGCCAGGCCUGCGCCUGCCCCAGACCCUAUAAGGCCUGGGAGCUGAAAGCAGAGCCAGCUGCCAGCUGCGCCGCCAGUCACUCCAAAGGACCCUCUCGCAGUCCAGCUGCUUAGAGUAUUAACAUGUCUGCUCAAGAGGAAGGAGGCCGGAAGCCCCACAAACCCAAGGGCAAGACCCUGAGCAACUUCUUGGGGUUCCUGCCUGGCUUCAGUUCUGCCCGGAACCUGGUGGCCAACGCUCACAGCUCAGCAGGAGAGGCCCAGCCAGUAGCUGAUUCCACAGGUACUCCUACCCCCGAUGCCGCCCAUCCCCAGGCCCAGGCUACCGACCCGAAGCAGAUGGCCAGAGAGGUGGAAAAGCUGCCGUCGCCUUCAGACAAGAUGAUCUCUGGGGUGAAGGACCAGGUGUGCUCCACGAUGACCAAAACGAAAGAUGCCAUCUCCUCCGGAGUGGCCAACGUGACAGACUCAGCUAAAGGGGCUGUACAGGGGGGCCUGGACACCACCAAGACAGUCCUGACUGGCACCAAAGACACAGUGUCCGCUGGCCUCACUGGGGCAAUGGGAAUGGCCAAGGGUGCUGUUCAGACGGGUGUGGACACCUCUAAGACCAUCCUGACCGGCACCAAAGACACAGUGUCCACUGGACUCACCGGGGCAGUGGGUGUGGCCAAAGGUGUCGUCCAAACUGGCAUGGACACCACCAAAACAGUCCUGACUGGCACCAAAAACACAGUGUCUGCUGGCCUCACCGGGGCAAUGGGUAUGACUAAGGGUGCUGUCCAGACCGGUGUGGAUACCACCAAGACGGUCCUCACUGGCACCAAAGACACUGUGUCCACUGGCCUCACGGGGGCAAUGGACGUAGCCAAGGGUGCCGUCCAAACUGGCAUGGACACCUCCAAGACCAUCCUAACUGGCACCAAAAACACAGUGUCCACUGGCCUCACGGGGGCAAUGGACGUAGCCAAAGGUGCCGUGCAAACUGGCAUGGACACCACCAAGACUGUUCUCACUGGCACCAAAGACACUGUGUCCACUGGCCUCACCGGGGCAAUGGGCAUGGCCAAGGGUGCUGUUCAGACCGGUGUGGACACCACCAAGACAGUCCUCACUGGCACCAAAGACACUGUGUCCACUGGACUCACCGGUGCAGUAGGUGUGGCCAAGAGUGCCGUCCAGACGGGUGUGGACACCUCCAAGACCAUCCUGACUGGCACCAUAGACACAGUGUCCGCUGGCGUCACCGGGGCUGUGGGUGAAGCCAAGAGUGCUGUCCAGACGGGUGUGGACACCGCCAAGACCAUCCUGACUGGCACCAUAGACACAGUGUCCGCUGGCGUCACCGGGGCUGUGGGUGAAGCCAAGAGUGCUGUCCAGACGGGUGUGGACACCGCCAAGACCAUCCUGACUGGCACCAUAGACACAGUGUCCGCUGGCGUCACCGGGGCUGUGGGUGAAGCCAAGAGUGCUGUCCAGACGGGUGUGGACACCGCCAAGACCAUCCUGACUGGCACCAUAGACACAGUGUCCGCUGGCGUCACCGGGGCUGUGGGUGAAGCCAAGAGUGCUGUCCAGACGGGUGUGGACACCGCCAAGACCAUCCUGACUGGCACCAUAGACACAGUGUCCGCUGGCGUCACCGGGGCUGUGGGUGAAGCCAAGAGUGCUGUCCAGACGGGUGUGGACACCGCCAAGACCAUCCUGACUGGCACCAUAGACACAGUGUCCGCUGGCGUCACCGGGGCUGUGGGUGAAGCCAAGAGUGCUGUCCAGACGGGUGUGGACACCGCCAAGACCAUCCUGACUGGCACCAUAGACACAGUGUCCGCUGGCGUCACCGGGGCUGUGGGUGAAGCCAAGAGUGCUGUCCAGACGGGUGUGGACACCGCCAAGACCAUCCUGACUGGCACCAUAGACACAGUGUCCGCUGGCGUCACCGGGGCUGUGGGUGAAGCCAAGAGUGCUGUCCAGACGGGUGUGGACACCGCCAAGACCAUCCUGACUGGCACCAUAGACACAGUGUCCGCUGGCGUCACCGGGGCUGUGGGUGAAGCCAAGAGUGCUGUCCAGACGGGUGUGGACACCGCCAAGACCAUCCUGACUGGCACCAUAGACACAGUGUCCGCUGGCGUCACCGGGGCUGUGGGUGAAGCCAAGAGUGCUGUCCAGACGGGUGUGGACACCGCCAAGACCAUCCUGACUGGCACCAUAGACACAGUGUCCGCUGGCGUCACCGGGGCUGUGGGUGAAGCCAAGAGUGCUGUCCAGACGGGUGUGGACACCGCCAAGACCAUCCUGACUGGCACCAUAGACACAGUGUCCGCUGGCGUCACCGGGGCUGUGGGUGAAGCCAAGAGUGCUGUCCAGACGGGUGUGGACACCGCCAAGACCAUCCUGACUGGCACCAUAGACACAGUGUCCGCUGGCGUCACCGGGGCUGUGGGUGAAGCCAAGAGUGCUGUCCAGACGGGUGUGGACACCGCCAAGACCAUCCUGACUGGCACCAUAGACACAGUGUCCGCUGGCGUCACCGGGGCUGUGGGUGAAGCCAAGAGUGCUGUCCAGACGGGUGUGGACACCGCCAAGACCAUCCUGACUGGCACCAUAGACACAGUGUCCGCUGGCGUCACCGGGGCUGUGGGUGAAGCCAAGAGUGCUGUCCAGACGGGUGUGGACACCGCCAAGACCAUCCUGACUGGCACCAUAGACACAGUGUCCGCUGGCGUCACCGGGGCUGUGGGUGAAGCCAAGAGUGCUGUCCAGACGGGUGUGGACACCGCCAAGACCAUCCUGACUGGCACCAUAGACACAGUGUCCGCUGGCGUCACCGGGGCUGUGGGUGAAGCCAAGAGUGCUGUCCAGACGGGUGUGGACACCGCCAAGACCAUCCUGACUGGCACCAUAGACACAGUGUCCGCUGGCGUCACCGGGGCUGUGGGUGAAGCCAAGAGUGCUGUCCAGACGGGUGUGGACACCGCCAAGACCAUCCUGACUGGCACCAUAGACACAGUGUCCGCUGGCGUCACCGGGGCUGUGGGUGAAGCCAAGAGUGCUGUCCAGACGGGUGUGGACACCGCCAAGACCAUCCUGACUGGCACCAUAGACACAGUGUCCGCUGGCGUCACCGGGGCUGUGGGUGAAGCCAAGAGUGCUGUCCAGACGGGUGUGGACACCGCCAAGACCAUCCUGACUGGCACCAUAGACACAGUGUCCGCUGGCGUCACCGGGGCUGUGGGUGAAGCCAAGAGUGCUGUCCAGACGGGUGUGGACACCGCCAAGACCAUCCUGACUGGCACCAUAGACACAGUGUCCGCUGGCGUCACCGGGGCUGUGGGUGAAGCCAAGAGUGCUGUCCAGACGGGUGUGGACACCGCCAAGACCAUCCUGACUGGCACCAUAGACACAGUGUCCGCUGGCGUCACCGGGGCUGUGGGUGAAGCCAAGAGUGCUGUCCAGACGGGUGUGGACACCUCUAACACCAUCCUGACUGGCACCAAAAACACAGUGUCCGCUGGCCUCACCGGGGCUGUGGGUGUAGCCAAGAGUGCUGUCCAGACUGGCAUGGACACCUCCAAGACAGUCCUGACUGGCACCAAAGACACAGUGUCCACUGGCCUCACUGGGGCAAUAGGAAUGGCCAAGGGUGCCGUCCAAACUGGAAUGGACACCUCUAAGACCAUCCUGACUGGCACCAAAGACACAGUGUCCACUGGCCUCACCGGGGCAGUGGGUGUAGCCAAGAGUGCUGUCCAGACUGGCAUGGACACCUCCAAGACCAUCCUAACUGGCACCAAAAACACAGUGUCCACCGGACUCUCUGGUGCAAUGGACGUAGCCAAAGGUGCCGUGCAAACUGGCAUGGACACCACCAAGACGGUUCUCACUGGCACCAAAGACACUAUGUCCACGGGACUCACCGGUGCGGUAGGUGUGGCCAAGAGUGCUGUCCAGACGGGUGUGGACACCUCCAAGACCAUCCUGACUGGCACCAAAGACACCGUGCUCGCUGGCAUAACUGGAGCAAUGGGAAUGGCCAAGGGUGCCGUCCAAACUGGCAUGGACACCUCCAAGACAGUCCUGACUGGCACCAAAGACACAGUGUCUGCUGGCAUAACUGGAGCAAUGGGAAUGGCCAAGGGUGCCGUCCAAACUGGCAUGGACACCUCCAAGACAGUCCUGACUGGCACCAAAGACACAGUGUCCGCUGGCAUAACUGGAGCAAUGGGAAUGGCCAAGGGUGCCGUCCAAACUGGCAUGGACACCUCCAAGACAGUCCUGACUGGCACCAAAGACACAGUGUCUGCUGGCAUAACUGGAGCAAUGGGAAUGGCCAAGGGUGCCGUCCAAACUGGCAUGGACACCUCCAAGACAGUCCUGACUGGCACCAAAGACACAGUGUCUGCUGGCAUAACUGGAGCAAUGGGAAUGGCCAAGGGUGCCGUCCAAACUGGCAUGGACACCUCCAAGACAGUCCUGACUGGCACCAAAGACACAGUGUCUGCUGGCAUAACUGGAGCAAUGGGAAUGGCCAAGGGUGCCGUCCAAACUGGCAUGGACACCUCCAAGACAGUCCUGACUGGCACCAAAGACACAGUGUCUGCUGGCAUAACUGGAGCAAUGGGAAUGGCCAAGGGUGCCGUCCAAACUGGCAUGGACACCUCCAAGACAGUCCUGACUGGCACCAAAGACACAGUGUCUGCUGGCAUAACUGGAGCAAUGGGAAUGGCCAAGGGUGCCGUCCAAACUGGCAUGGACACCUCCAAGACAGUCCUGACUGGCACCAAAGACACAGUGUCUGCUGGCAUAACUGGAGCAAUGGGAAUGGCCAAGGGUGCCGUCCAAACUGGCAUGGACACCUCCAAGACAGUCCUGACUGGCACCAAAGACACAGUGUCUGCUGGCAUAACUGGAGCAAUGGGAAUGGCCAAGGGUGCCGUCCAAACUGGCAUGGACACCUCCAAGACAGUCCUGACUGGCACCAAAGACACAGUGUCUGCUGGCAUAACUGGAGCAAUGGGAAUGGCCAAGGGUGCCGUCCAAACUGGCAUGGACACCUCCAAGACAGUCCUGACUGGCACCAAAGACACAGUGUCUGCUGGCAUAACUGGAGCAAUGGGAAUGGCCAAGGGUGCCGUCCAAACUGGCAUGGACACCUCCAAGACAGUCCUGACUGGCACCAAAGACACAGUGUCUGCUGGCAUAACUGGAGCAAUGGGAAUGGCCAAGGGUGCCGUCCAAACUGGCAUGGACACCUCCAAGACAGUCCUGACUGGCACCAAAGACACAGUGUCUGCUGGCAUAACUGGAGCAAUGGGAAUGGCCAAGGGUGCCGUCCAAACUGGCAUGGACACCUCCAAGACAGUCCUGACUGGCACCAAAGACACAGUGUCUGCUGGCAUAACUGGAGCAAUGGGAAUGGCCAAGGGUGCCGUCCAAACUGGCAUGGACACCUCCAAGACAGUCCUGACUGGCACCAAAGACACAGUGUCUGCUGGCAUAACUGGAGCAAUGGGAAUGGCCAAGGGUGCCGUCCAAACUGGCAUGGACACCUCCAAGACAGUCCUGACUGGCACCAAAAACACAGUGUCCGCUGGCCUUACCGGUGCAGUAGGUGUAGCAAAGAGUGCCAUACAGACCGGUGUGGACACCUCCAAGACGAUCCUGACUGGCACCAAAGACACAGUGUCUUCUGGCCUCACCGGGGCAAUGGGUGUAGCUAAGGGUGCCGCCCAAACUGGCAUAAAUACUUCAAAGACUGUUCUUGAGGGAACCAAAGACACGGUGUCCACUGGACUCACUGGGGCAAUGGGUAUGGCCAAGUGUGCUGUCCAGACUAGUGUGGACACCUCCAAGAUCUUCUUGACUGGCACCAAAGACACAGUAUCCACUGGCCUCAAUGGGGCAAUGGGUUUCACCAAGGGCGCUGUCCAGAUUGGUCUGGGCACUAUACAGAAUUGGUUACCUGGUGCUGGGGAAAGCUCCUAUGGUGGACUCACCAAUGACCAGGAGAUUGACAAAUUUGGGCAACAAACUGUGCUGAACCCCCUGGAUGCUUCAUCCUGCAUGGUUUCCAGCCUCCCUGACACUCUCUGUGCCAGCCAUGUCCUUGCCACAGAAGCCAUUGCAAGUACCCAGAGCCGUGGUUCCACUGUGGCAGCAUUCACACAAGGAACCUCACUGGGCACAGAGGAUGCGGGGUGCAUGGCCACCAUGCACAGCCAUGAAGGUGUCAUGGGCUUCAUGACACUCCCAGAGGAACUGAGGAUCUUCCACCCCAUGAACGCUGAGGAGCAAGCUCAGUUGGUGGCUUCUGAGCCUGGGCCCAGGGUACCCGCAGCAGACCAGAGCAGUUACUUCGUGCGUCUUGGUGACCUGGCCCACGGCUUUCGCCAGCGGGCUUUCGAGCAUACCCUGAGCCAUCUGCAGCAUGGCCAGUUCCAGGCUAGGGCCACACUGGCCCAGCUUGAGGACUCCAUCAGGCUGAUUGAAAAGGCCAAGCAGACUCCAGAAGGACAGCCAUGGACAGAUAAAGCCGGUACCCAAGAGGUGUCAGACUUGGGGGCUCUGUCCAGGACGUGUGGACUCAUCCAGCAGCUCCACGUGGCUUACAGCACCCUAGCCUCCAGCCUCCAAGGUCUCCCAGCCGAGCUCCAGCAGCGGGUCAGGCAGGCGAGGCACAGCCUCUGUGAGCUGUAUGGUGUCGUCUCUUCUGCCAGCUCCAUUGCUGAGCUGCCAGCCGAGCGCCUGGCUCAGAGCCGUGAGAGUGUAGGCCAGGCCUGGCAAGGGCUGGAGAAGCUGCUGGAAAGCGUGCAGCAUAGCCCCCCGCUCAGCUGGCUGGUGGGGCCCUUUAACUUGCACCCUAGUGGGCAGCAACUGUAGGUCCUUCUCAGAGCCUCCCCAGCCCCAACUCCCUGAAGCUCUGGGACUGCCCCAUCUACCUUUCUUCCCAAGCAUGGCUGGCCUAGGAGCCCAGGGUUGCUAAGACCAUUGACAGAGGGCCUGCACUUGAAGAACCUGAGCAAGCACUCCAGUUACGAAAGAGAAGUGAAAUGUGCCUGAGUCUAGAAGAUUCUCCUAGCAGUCCCCACUAGGAGCCCCAUCAUCUUUGCAGGGGAUGGGGGUCUUCCACCCCAGUCUGGGCCAUCAGCUACCAGCUUAGCAGGUAGUCCUGCUCCUCUGUACUCACUUUGAAAGCACCUACCCCAGACCUAGCAAACACCUUGCAUCACAAUGUACCAGAAUGCCACCACCAUCCGGAGGCAGGCUCCCAACUGCCUUUGCUGAAUGUGGCCUAGAUAAAGGGCUUUGGGGGACUGCAUUGUUUAGAGGGGCUUUGGGGGGCUACAAAUCAAGUCCCUUCCUGCCUCUUCUGCUUGCCCACCUGCCCUGUCCUACGGGCCAAUCACAGGAUCACAGAGCUGAGGUUCUGGUCCCUGGGGCAUCUGAGCCCAGAGGCUGCCUAUGGCGGAAUGAAAGGGCUUCCCCACAGGGGCAGGGCCCCAGGGAGGAUGGGACAAAAGGUGCUGAGUGAUCCUUCAGGUCUUGGAACUUGCUCCAGGCUGGAGACAGGGCCUGCAAUGGUGGGAGCAUCCCUGCAACCCCAGGCCCUCCUGCCCCUGCCCCCAGAUGUGAAAACUCAGGAUGUUCAUCCAAGAAAUUCCCCCUCACUGGCCUAGGCCUCUCUCCAUCUGGGAGCUGGACAUCAGAACACCAGCAGCCCAAGCCGGGUCCAGCUUCCAUCUUCCCAGAACCUGCACCAUGCCGAGAGCA